AUGGGCCAGAUACUGAGCCUGCUAGCCUGCGGAGGACACGACAAGCACUACGGCGGGACCCGCGGAGACAGAACACAACGCCGGAUAAGCCGCAUAAACACGGACAGACAAGAACAGCGGGCGCUGAGGCGGCAGGGCCGCGAGGCCGGAGAAGAGCUGCCCGAGGCUCGGCGGACUCGAAAGCGGCAGGAGCGCGCCGACGAGAAAAAAGCUCGGCAGAGCGCCGCGGCAGCCGAGGGCCACAGCCCGAAACGCUCUGGCGAGCACCGUUCCCGUCGGCAUUCGCGCCAUGUGUCGUGGCACCCCGGCGGCCAGACAGGCGAGCAGUCCUCUAGGAGCCGCAGGCGGUCUGGGCAUCACGGGCAAUCUUGGAUCUGUCUGUUGGCACCUCGGCCCCAUCCUGCACGCGAUGUUAUUACAUCUGAGGCCGCGCUUGAGCGCUUUCCGACAGGCCUGUCAGCUCUUGGCCGGGUCCCGCACCUGUCAAUGGUUCAGCCUGCGAAAGGCACUCACUGGCUGAUAACUACCGUAGGAUUAACCUCACCCGAAAAUGGCCGACUCAACUUUGGAAUCCGGGAUGGCGAGUUUACCGGCGGAGCUACUGGAAUGCAUCCUGGAUGUAGCCACGACAACCUAGACGACACAACCGAUACCGCCAGUCCCACGCUGUUCGCCUGGCAGCAAGUCUUUGCCGAGCUAGUCGUCCCGGCGGUGCCCACGGACGAAGCGUCGUCGACCCUAUCGCAAUAUCCAGUUCGCCUAGGCAAGCACUCGGCCGUGGACCUCGGCAACCCCGACAUCCACGCAGUUUGUGUCACCGACGGGCUACUGAAAGACCGGGGCGCGGAUCCGGACAUUGUGGUCAAAGGCAAGAGGGCCGUUGACGUUCUGCUAGGGGGGGCUAAAAGAUAUAGCCAGGGGGCCCAAGAGCGGCUAGCUAAGUAUUCUGCGCUCCUGAGAGCUUCAGGGAGCGGCGGAGAGACGAAGACGCUGGUCGUUUGCCAGAGUCGGCGAGACUGA